AUGUCCCAUUUCACGCACCGGAAGGUCUCCCAAGUAAGCAAAACCUUGAAGCGCUAUGACACUGUCAGAGUUCCCCAUGAGAGGAAGAAAGAGAACAAGAAGCAUGAAGAGCCGCCUGAAGGCCCGGCCCAGCCUCCUGGUCAGCUGCUGGAGAACGGCGAGGGUGUCCAUAUCCUUGGGGACAAAACAGAGGACACAGGAGGUGACCAGUCUACUGAGGAAGGCCCUCCUCUCAGCAAAACAGAAGCACGAAAAGAUGCCAAAGGAACAGACUUGAAGCUGCCGACCCCCCUGAGACCUGUGUAUCCACUGUUCCUCUCGAGUCCGAGCUCCAAAGCUGUGGGACGAAGCUGGCAACUGUCUCCUCCCGCGGCAAAGAGCUUCCAAAUACACGACGGCCCUUUCCGGGACCUCCUGGACAUGAAGACGGAGAAGAGACUGGCCGGCUGGAAGGAGCGUCGCAGUCGCUACGGGGACAUCAACAUGCACAAGUACUACCAGCUCGGGCAGGUCUUCGCCCCUUUCCGGGCCCUCGCCACCAUGGAGAUGCGAAGGCUGGUAUUUCCCCAACACCUGCCCAUGAGUCUGCACAUGCACAAAAUGGGCAUUUCGUGCACCGACGAAAGGACUCUCCGAGACUUACCUUUGUCUUCCACAGAGCUGGGCUUGGGAAUGGAUGACAACACCCAUGAGAAAGAGAAAGCAGCGAGCCAUGUUAGAAUGCCUUUUUUCCCCCCAAUAGUUAAAGCGGAGUAA